ACCCAAGCGCCCGCCUACAUGUACGUGGAGUAAGUCUACUGAUAGAUCCAUUGAUUGGUCUAUGGCCAUUGCAAGUGCAUUAGUAUGUACGCGUGCGUUAGAUACAGUCAGUAAUCAAAAUGAAGAGAUAUCUGAUUACUGUAGUAAGUAUACUAUUGUUAUGUUCGAUUAAAUGUUGCAGUAAUCAGAAAGUUAGGCAUCAAAAUUGCAACAAGCAGGUGUACUUCGAAUCAACAGAUCAGUUUUGCCUUAAAGAAGAUGAGCUCUUUGAACUAGAACUCGAAGCUGAAGAACAUAACCAUCUAGAACCUGGAGCAAUUUACAACCAGAACAAGCAGAAAAGUCUCAACUCCCUUUUUUCCAGUGUUUCUCAAUGGCGUUUCCCCAGUAAACAUCAGCUGUUUGAGACGUUCCCAAUCGACCCCAUCAAGGAGAACUAUGUGAGACAGGUACAGAAUGUUAUCUUCUCUCAGGUCCUCCCAACUCCACUCAGGUACAAGGCGAAGCUUGUGGCUUAUUCAGAAGAUGUGUUAACCGGUCUGUUAGACCUGCACCCAUCUGUGACAGAGACUGAACCUUUUGUGGCUUUUGUUGCUGGAAACACAUUCCUUGAUGGAUCUAUCCCUCUAGCCCAUCGAUAUGGGGGACAUCAGUUUGGGGGCUGGUCUGGACAGCUGGGAGAUGGGAGAGCUCAUCUUCUUGGUGAAUAUAUCAAUAGGAAUGGAGAAAGAUGGGAGCUGCAGCUGAAAGGUUCUGGUAAGACACCAUAUUCCAGACGUGGCGAUGGUCGAGCGGUGCUUCGGUCAUCGGUGAGGGAAUUCCUAGGCUCAGAAGCUAUGUUCUAUCUAGGAGUAUCAACAUCUAGAGCUUUAAGUCUUGUUGUGAGUGAGGACCCGAUAUGGAGAGACCAGUUCUAUGACGGGAACCCCAGACAGGAGAAGGCAGCUGUGGUUCUGAGACUGGCGCCCUCGUGGUUCCGAAUAGGAUCUCUGGAGAUUCUAGCCAAGAAUCGAGAAAUCGACUUACUUAGAUCUCUGGUAGACUUUAUCAUCAAGCACCACUUCAAGGAGAUCGAUUCAGAAGACGAUGAUCGCUACCUCGCUUUCUAUUCUGAAAUCAUCAACAAGACAGCAUACAUGAUAGCAAAAUGGCAAUCCAUAGGUUUCGCUCAUGGUGUAAUGAAUACAGACAACUUCAGUCUUCUAUCCAUCACCAUCGACUACGGUCCGUUUGGUUUCUUGGAUGCCUACGAUCCUCAGUAUAUACCAAACACCUCAGAUGAUGAGGGUCGCUAUAGUUACGAGAAGCAGCCUGAAGUGGGACUGUUCAACAUGCGGAAGUUAGCGGAUGCUCUGGCUCCUCUACUGACAUUGCCUCAGAGAAAACAGUUACCUAUAAUCACUUCUGGUUAUGUGGACAUCUACAAGGCAAGAUUUAUGGAGCUGUUCAGAAAGAAACUUGGAUUGAUCGGAGCAGAGGAACAAGAUGAAUAUAUAGUGGCAAUGUUAUUACAGAUGAUGGAGGACACUCAUUCUGACUUCACCACGACCUUCAGGCAGCUCGGGGUCAUCUCCAUGGCAAUGUUACGAUCAUCCACACAGGAUGCUGCCACCAAGCUGUGGGCAUUGACAGACCUGAGCAGACACGAGAUGUUUCAAGAAUGGGCCAGGAUGUAUGCGGAGAGACAAGAAGCCUUAGAUGAAGAAGAGGACUUAAGGAGGAGAGCAAGGAUGAAUGCUGUAAACCCCAACUAUAUUUUAAGAAACUGGAUGGCUCAAGCAGCCAUUGAAGAUGCAGGGAGGGGGGACUUUACGACCGUCAAGGAUCUACUGAAGAUUCUGAAAAGACCGUUUGAAAAUCAACCCGAAGCAGACGAAAGGGGCUACGCCAACAGACCCCCACACUGGGCUAGAGAUAUUAGGGUCAGCUGUUCAUCAUGAUGAAAAAGAGUUGUAAAGAGAGAGAGAGAGAGAAAGAGAAAGAGAGAGGAGGAGAGAGAGAGAGAGAGAGCGAGAGAUACACACAGAGAGGGAGAGAGAUAGAUAGAGAGAAGGGGGAGAAAUAGAUAUGAUGGGUAUGUGUCGGUAUAGAUAUAGGUUUUUAUCGUACAAUGUACAUGUAAUAGGGUAGGGGAAGAGGUAGAGUGAGAGGGAGGGAGAGGGAGGGGUAGAGAGAGAGAGAGAGAGAGAGAGAAAGAGAAAGAAAAGUGGAUAGAGAAUGAUUGUGUAUUCUCUUUUAAAGCCCCUCUGCACUAAUUUGGCCAGGAGGGAUUACACCUCCCUGUAUGGUCACCGACAGGUGGUUAUCUCAUCAAAUCAGCUCU